AUGCUGGCCGCGCGGGCGGUCUUCAGAGUGCGCGCGCCGCAGGCAGGCCGCCGCGCUAAGGUUCCGGAGCGUCUCGUGCGCUGGCCGGCGCCCGCGGGGCGCCGGUUCUGCGCGGCCGGGGCUGGCGCCAGAGCCCGUAGGAACGACUAUGAGCUCUACCUUGUCACCGACGAUACAUACUUGGACGGUCUCUUCUAUGAGAAGAUCGCCGCCGCCGUGGAGGGCGGCGUGACCUGCGUGCAGCUGCGGUUGAAGCACGCCUCGACGGCUACGCUCGUGGAGUGGGGCCACAGAGUUCGGGAGUUGACGCGCCAGGCCGGGGUGCCGCUUAUCAUCGACGACCGUCUCGACGUGGCCCUGGCCUGCGACGCCGAUGGCUUGCACGUGGGUGGCGAGGACCUCCCGUGGCGCACGGCCAGGCGCCUGCUCGGCCCCAGCAGGAUCCUGGGAUGCUCGACGUACGGGCGGCCAGACCUGGUGCGCGAGGCCCUGCACCCGGAGGUGCGCGCGGAUUACCUCGGCAGCGGCGCCAUCUUCGCCACGAGCACCAAGCACAGCAGCGUGCCGAAGGGCAUCGAGCACCUGCCAGGCCUGAGGCGGCUCGUCGCCGAGGAGGCCGCUGGCCGCACGGUGCCCAUCGUGGCCAUCGGCGGAGUCGGGCUCGCCGCCUCCGGCGAGUGCGUGGCGGCGGGCGCCGACGGCGUGGCGGCCGUGUCGGCCUUGCUGGGCCAUGCGAGCGCCGAGGGCACCCGGCAGGCCGCGGCGGCGAUGCUGGCGGCCGUGCGUGGCGCCGUGCGGCCAGUCGCCUGA